AUGUCACACGCGGACAAUCAAUUCCCCCGGACGAAACGGAGGAAAUUAGACUCCGGCGAGGAGUCCACCGUCCAGUCCGACAUCACGUCUCACACGCAACUCCGUGCUAUUCUGACUUUUCAGCAAAACAUCCAAGAGACCAAACAAGGCCUAAGAAAGUUCAAGGAAUACUUGCUGUCCAUUCCGCAGACGGAGAAUGAGGGCGAGAAAGCUAAAAAAUUCCGCGUGCUCAAAGCCUAUUGUGAUUCGCAGAUCUCCUACAAUGGCGAGGAAGCGUCUUGCUUCCCUGACCUGAUUCAGGCCUGGGGCUUCGCGGAUACUAACAAUAAUGACUCCAUGUUGACGAUGGUCCCCUCUGUGCUGGCGCUCUUUAUCAAGACGAUUUCUAGUAACCUGGACUUCCGAGAAUUCGGAACGGCAUUGUGUAAAUUUUUGAUGCAAAAGGAGCAGCUAAGGCUUUUCAACCGUGGACUGACCGCCACGAAGUCGAAAGAGCAUUUGAUCUCUCCGUGCCUGCGUCUUCUCACCGAGGUGGUCAGCUUCGAUGGGGGUGCCGUUGCCCGUCAAGUCUACGGGGCGCGCUAUAUCACUUUCAAGCGUCUCGAGGUGUUCUUGACCCCGAAUAAAGCUCAACUGGAAGAGGCCUCCGAGGAAGCGCAGAAGUCGACUUUGCGUCGCAAUGCUCAAAGAUUUGUUUUGGCAAACUUGCGAGUCCAGCACACGACCGCUAAAAGCGAUAUCAUCGAGCAAAGCAAACUCAUGAGAGCAUUCUUUGAGUACAUCCGAAAGGACCCGCGAGAUAUUGUCAUCGACGUUAUCAAGGGUGUUGAUCGCGAUAUCAUUCAGGAUGCUUCGCUUCCCCGGAACUCCAAGAAGCUGUUCUUCAGCCGUUGGAACCUGGAGCGACUGGUGACUUUGUAUGGUUACGAUCGAGAGUCAGAGGAUCCCAACCCCACCGGGUUCUCUGUCGCGAACGAGAUUCACAAGAUCUUGAUGAAUAUCUGUACCAAGACUGAACUCGGCGUGUUGCUACCGCAAACAGGCUGGUACCCUAAUGGUAGCGACCCUGAAUCCUUGCCUGCGGAUAACGACGCGUCGAUUGAAUUGGGACUCGAUUCUGCAGUCUACGUUGACAAAUACCGAGAGUCUGUGUCAGUUCGCAACGGAGUGCUCUCUUAUAUAAUUCAAGCACUUCGCCCGGAUACGGACAGUCUUCAGAUUGAGUUGCUUGUGGCGAUCUUCAAGGCCGCGCCCGAGUUGGUGGCUGAUUUCUUUAGCAAGAAAAUCAUGUUCGUAUCGGACCCGAAGCCCGUGCCAUCAUGGCUGGCCGAAUCUGCCCUUUUGUUCUCGACGGUGAGUCUACCGGUUCCGAGGAACUGCGGAUGGAAAGACAAACUGCCUCCGAUGCCUCCGCCGCCCUCGGUCGUGAUCGAAAAUAUUCUACCACGCCCACUGAAUCAGAAGGUUUUGACUCGGUGCCUGAACCUGAACACGGAGAUCGUCACUCUCUUUGCCGUUCGUCUCAUCACGAUCUCCUUCAAGAAGCUACAAAAGGUCCUGCAAAUCUUCAAUUCCGACCACGGAAUUAGCCAGCCGCUUUGGAAACAGGCCGCGGGAAAAUUGGUCGCUGAAUUCUCCCGUCGGUGCCCCGUCGUGAAGGAUGUCAUCCAGCUUUACAAGAGAACCUCCAAGGAAGAUUUGCAACAGCAGGAAGCCGUUGCCGAGUUGCUUUCUUGUUUCUACGAGGUCGCCCCGGAUGCCGCUUUUGAGGAAGUCCUUGAUGUUUCCCUUAUCAUGGUCGAGAUUUUGAAGCGACUGGAUGAACCCAGCCUCUCAUCGGACGACUCUGAGCUGCUGCUCAGUCAGCUGCAGAGCAUUUUGAAGAUUGCACAGCAGUCGGCAUCGAUUCGGUGGUGGCAACAACCUGCUUCUAUGCAAUUUUCUGCGUUCACCUCUGUGAUGAAGGUCCUCGUGGAAGCGUCGUCUCAGGAAUCCCUUGGUGAUAUUUAUCGCCUAUUGAGAUCGGUGCUCGUUGAGAACUCCAUACUACAGAGUGUGUCCUCAUUUACCGCACUUCUGUCGAGUUUCGAAACCUCAGAUUCUGCACGCCUGCAACACCAACUGGCCUUUUUCGAUAACUGCAUCUGCCGGAUAGCCAAAAAACAAGUUCAUUAUCAAGAUUUACUAGGGUUGUUCACGCAAGAGAAGUCUAAACCUACUAGCUCCAUCGUGGUGGCUAUCAGUGAGCAGUGGCCAUUUGUUCUGAAGUCUGGAGACGCAAAUGCUCAAAGUGCCGUGUGUUCAUGGGCUGCUCAUGUGCUGGGGGGGUUGAACCAGGCCGGGGAAGAUUCGAAGGUGCUAAAGGGUAUUCGUGACUCCCUGAUGGGUGCCACCGAUAAGAAACAGCUCAAGUCCACCCUGAAAAAGGCACUGAAAUAUACUGAAGAGGAUCCGUCGGAGAAGAAGGGUCUGAACUUGGAUCAAGAGGUCUCUCCGACUGCAGCAAGCGAGCAACCGCGCGUGGACUUGCUGGAGAUGUUCGGGGCGCUUCCCGUCGAAAGUGAUGAGCGCAAUGAGUUGCACAAAUGGGACAAAGAGGAAUUGGAGAUGUCCGUGGAGCAGGGUCCUGUGGCGGAAUUGAUGGUCUGUUUGUGCUCGGAGCACGAGGAAGUGCGUCGACAAGCAUUCAGCAACAUCGCUAGAUUCAUGGCGAAACUCAGGGAAUCCAAAUACGCCGAAUGGCGAUCGGUUUACAUCCUCACCGGAGAGCUUUACGAGACCGUCAAACUGCUUGGCCUUGAAUCGCCCUUGCCGUGGAUCGUGGGAGAAUGUGCUGCCAGCUGUCUUGCGGUUCUCACCACUCCCACGCACAAGCUCUACGGAAAGGUCAACGCAUUCCUCCAGAAAGCCCCUACCUGGGAACCCGAGAAGAUUCCCUCCUACUGGAUCGACAAGAUCUUGCUGCGGGAACCCGAAUUGGACGACGGCCAUUUUGAAGAGACCAAUUGGCUCCUAGAUCUUUUGGUUAAAGGCCUUCGCACCGCAACUGACAUGGAGAUCUACCGUCGCGCCAAUGUGUUCGAGCGCGCAUUUGCUUUCUACGAGUCUCCCAGCACGAGCGUCUCGGUCAAGCGAAAGAUUCUUCAUCUGAUUUAUCGCUCGACGCAGGUGCAAGGUAGCACGACCCUCAUCACCCGUGCAGGAAUCAUUAGCUGGAUUCAAAGCCAGAUCCCGGCCGUCGGUGCCAAAGAAGUGUCGAGCUUCUCGGCCAUCACCAACUCCUUGCAUGAAUCCUCGGAUAAGGAUCGAGUUGCCAAGUGGAGCGGAGGAGCCGUGGGCGAGGCGCCUGCCGAUAUCACCGUUCCGCACACAGAGUCUGCCAUCUCCAUGGCGCGACGUUACCAGAUCGAUGAGCUGCUAUGGCUGCGCUCAUCGCCUCUGGCCAUCAAGCCUACUACUUUACCCCCCGUAGAAGAAUGGAUGGGCCCGAUCCCCGACCCAACAACACAACGCAAAACCACCAACCCCAGAGAUCCCAAUCACCCGACCGAAACCACUCCGCGACGAUCGAGUAUCUUUGAAGCUCGUCAUGUAUCACGUGGUUCGAACUCAGAGGACAUCGUUCUUGGACCGCCGAAGACUGCUUUUGCAUCCGCUUCUCGCGUCACGACCAAAGGUUCCAUCGACUCGACCGAACGACCACUUAAGCAACCCGACGCAGAUGAUCCCAAGAAUGACCGGUUCAACUUCCGCGACAAAUUCUUCAAGGAAAGAGAUGUCGGUGAUCGAGAUUUUGACCGCCGUGAUAGCAAACAACCCACGUUUAAUGGUCGACGCUUAGACCGAGAGGACUGGAACAGCGGACGUCCGCGUCGCACCUUUGGCCCAGAGGAACAAGAACGAAAGCCCAGACGGAACGGAGAGUUCGACCGCUGGGAGGGUACUCGGGACUUGACCCGGGACCGUGAUCAACGAGAUCCCAAUUUUGACCGAGGAGCGAAAGAUAACAAGGACGGUCGCUUCUUCCCUCGCAGGGACGGCCAGCCGGGGCGCGCGCGCCACGAAGGAAGCUGGUUCCGCGACGAACCCGCCCAGGAUGGACAUGAAGCCGAAGAGGAGAAGACACCGGUCCGCAAUCGCGAAUGGCGCAGGGACCGACACGGUGCAGAUCGUGAUUGGACUCGCGGCGCCAAACUUGAACAAGAGCCAGAGUGGUUGGACUCUAAUGACAAGGUCGAGCCUCGCCGGGUGCAUACCCAAGAAGAUUUUGAACGGUGGAAAGAAAGGAUGAAGGCGGGAUCUUCUCAGCCUCCCGUGGAGGAGAAGAAAGAAUCCCCUGUCGAGCAAUUCGUCGGCUCUGACAAAGCCGAGAUUAAGCCUACCGAUGGUGAAAUUUUCAGCAGUAACGGCGCUCCUUUCCAGGGAGACACGGCGAUGGAACGUUUCUUUGGACUUCUAGGUGAUGGCAAACCGUCCCCGGUCAUUAACACUGCCUUGCCUUUGGAAUCAACGCCCAAAAAGGAGACCGCGCCGGGCAAGUCGGCCAAGUCUUCCCGCUUUGCUGGACUGUUCAGUCCUCCUCCGGGGAGCCCUGCCGCCAGAGAGCCCGACCCUCCUCCUCAAAUGGAAAGCAGAUCUCCCUUGCCUCAACCCCCGUCGUCGGUGACGCCGUCGGCCGAUGCGGACCAGGAGGGUUUCCAGCGCAUCCUACAAAUGCUGGGCACCAGCAAGUCACGCAACGCGACUCCUCACAACGAUAAUGUGCAAGCCAAUCGCCCCCCGUCUCUCGUGCACAUGGAACAAACUCAAAGUGCGGUCUCGUCUCCUACUCGCGAGCAACUCAGACGGUCCGAACAAGUAGCCAUGCCGGAUCCUGCGAUUCGACAUGCCGGUCCUCCUCUGAAGGAGAACGUAUAUGUUCAGGAUCCUCAGGCUCGAGACAGGGAACAUUUGCUCCGCCUCAUGCAACAAGUGAAGGUGAGCCCCAUCACAAGCCCGGGACAAGGCGGCCAAGGUCAGCCACAGAGCGCCGGCGCGGUUCCCCCUGGCUUGAUGAAUAUGCAGGAAGCAUUGCCUCACCCUCCUCCCGGCCUCUCCGCGCAGAAGGUGCCACCUUUCCUUGACGACCCGGCGAUAGCCAACUUGCAGCGGCCGGAUCCUGAACAGUUUCGGCGGAGACCCGCAAACGGGCCGCCAAUGGGUUACUUUGAUGACCUGCCAUUCCCUCAAGGCGGCCAGGUUCCCAUCACCCCCGGUGGAUCGCGAGGCCCGCAGGGUCAAGGACUCCCUGCCAUGGGCAUGCAGAGACCUCCAGGCUUCGAGCACAUGCCUCCUCCCGGAUGGAAUGGCCACCAUCAGAUGCCCCCGCAACAAGCAGGUGGACCGGCGACCCCCAUGGGCCCUCCGCCAGGCAUUCCGACACCUAACCGGGGCAUCAACCCCAACUUUAUGGCAAAUAUGCUACCACCCAUGCACGCCAAUGUGCCUCCCCUCGGCGAUCGACAGCCCUUCCCUCGUGGCGCCGCCGGCGCCGGGUCAGCGGGAUUCCCCCCUCCUCCCGGCAUGAUGCCACCUCCUGGGUAUAUGAACGGCCCUCCCCCGGCUGGAUUCCCUCCGAUGCCGCCUAACGCCGAAGCUCUUAUGGGCGUUGGCCACGCCGGACAGGGUCCUUUUGAAGGCAACCCUGGUCCCCAGGGGCCGCCGCCGUCCUCUAGACACUUGCUGGAUAUGUUCGGUCAGGUUGGCGGGGAUGCGCGUGGUGGUAUGAUUGGCCCGGGACAGUUCAGAUAG